AUGUCUCCUCUCCAACCAAAAGGCGGCCUGGCCGCCGCUCAAGUCGCCUUUUUCGCACCCGCCCUCCUCAUCUCAACCUACAUCGUCUUCCGUCACGGCCUCCGUCGCCAACUCGGCUGGCUCUACCUCGUCUUGCUCAGCAUCCUGCGCCUAGUCGGUGCCUCAGCGACUCUAUGGUCGGAAACACAGAACGAUUACUCGAAAAGCAUCCUACAAACGGCCUUUAUCACCUCUGCAGUCGGGACGGCGCCACUGUUGUUGGUACUGCUCGGGUUCAUGCAACUAGUCAACAAGGAUAUGAAGACCGCUGGAUCGGCUGUUGGCAUAUGGGUCUUCCGUGGCAUCCAUCUGCUUUCGCUUGCCGCGCUGGUACUCGCCAUUCUCGGCGGCACAGACAUCUCAUCCACAAUAUCCAGCACCGUCUCACUGGGUCACACGCUCUUGAAAGCCGGCAGCAUCGUCUUUCUGGUCAUAUACCUAGCUCUCGCCGCUAUUACGUUCCUGACCUUCUCCCGGAAAUAUGCUGUCUUGACAGAAGAGCGCAAACUCGUCGACGCCGGACUAGCAGCUCUGCCCUUCCUCCUGGUCCGGAUCAUCUACACCGUCGUCGUCUCGUUUGCUGGCAAAGGCAGCAUCUUCUACCUCUGGAACGUCAACGUCUACGUCUCGGCGUUCAUGCAGUUUCUAAUGGAAGCCUUUGUGGUGGUCAUCUUUAUGACUGCGGGCUUGCUUACCCCGAAGAGGGCAAAGACGGUUGGGCAGAGGGGUCCUGAGUACGCCAGCGUGGGCUCAGAGUACGACAUGGAGAAUGGCGGCCACCAAAUGGGUCCGCAGAGGGUACGGCAGCACGAGCAGCAGAACAUUGGUGGCUAUCGACCAAGCAGAUUGAUUAGGAAUGCGAUGAGAGGGUCUUGA